CUUUUUUUUUCACCUCAUUCACUCUUCACAUACAGCAUCCAUGGCAGAACCAACAGCUUCAGUGACGCUUCUCAUAGCCAGCUGGUUAACACCUUCUUCCCUCUUCAUCUUUGUCAACCUCGUCAUUGGCACCAUUGCCAUCACCUCCCGCUUCACCUCCUCCCCCAACAACCGAAUUCAAGAACAUGAACUCCAACACCCUUUCACUCGCUCACCCUCCCUCCUGCAACGAGUCAGAUCCUUCAGACUCACUCAUCAAUACACCUACGACACAACGCCGAGUACUGCCGAACCCGGCGAGUUCACUCAGCCUCAACUCGUUCGAACAUCCUCGCUUUUGGAACGAGUCAGGUCCUUCAAUUUCAGCCUCCACAAACACGAAACCACGGAAACAUCACAUGCAGAAAAAACAGAUCAUAACCAGUCCCAGGCCCAGGCCCAGGCCCAAACCAACCAACCGGAAUCCGAAGAGCCGGAGAAACCGAAAGAAGUACCGCAGCUGAGACGAACUCCGUCGCUGUUGCAGCGCCUUCAGUCUAUGAACUUCUCGCGCCUCUACAGAGGAGAAGAAGAACCCGAACCAGCCGAGGCAAGUGGUUCGGGUUCGGAUCCGAGUCGGAAGGAUGCUGAGAUGAGGAAAUCAGCGAGCGAGAGGGGGCAUAGCGAGCGGGUGGAGGAUGAGGAGUCGGUGGAGAGGCGGAGGCCGGCGACGACGAGGGAGUCGACGGGUGAAGACGAGGAGGUGGACGCGAAAGCGGACGAUUUCAUAAACAGGUUCAAGAAGCAGCUGAGGCUGCAGAGGGUUGAUUCCAUUCUCCGUUACAGAGAGAUGCUCAGAGGAAACUGAACUCAACUACGACGCUUUUGGAUUCCGCCAUUGACGAUGCAAUGUGCGAUGCUCAGCGAGUAACGUAUUUUGUCUUAUUUGCGUCGGGGAAAAGACUAAAAUGCCCUUCUACACCAUUAGUAAUUGUGUGUCUUCACUCUUCAUAGAGAGAUACAUAGUUGGGUGAAGUUAUUAUUGUACCAGAUCAAAUUAAUGAGAGUAGGAUUAUGUUGAUGAUUAAUUAUAGGUGCUUCUAUAUAUCAGAUUGUAUUGUAUGAUCAGUAAUAAAAUUAAAGUAUCUUCUUCUAA